CAUAACACUUCUUGGAAACUCCUCGCCAUGGCUCCUGCCACAAGCUCCGCGGCAGGGGUCUGAGAAUAUCAUUGGGGCGACCUCUCCCCCGGGCUCUCCCGGGAUUCUGAGCCGCGGAGAGAUGAGGGAUGCGGGGAGGCUACAUCUUCGCGCAACUGUCUACUCGGGCUGAAAAGUUUCUCCAUGGUUCCUUUGUGUCGUCGUCGGAGCUCUCUUCCUGCAACCUUAGACUCCCCCAGUCUUCCUCGGCGGUGGUGUCGAAGCUAACUCCCCACCUUAGGCACACCUUCCCCCUGCAACUGCCCCGCAGUCCAGGGGCCCGCGAUGAUCGCCACAGGGGGCCUCCUUAGGAUCUCCGCUAGAAAGCAAGAUCCUCUUCGCCCGCAGAGCCAGGUACCCAAGCGUAAGAGGAAAGCCAAAAAGAAGCGCAAGAACGACGUGGUGGUGGUGAAGGGCAAGUUGAAGCUCUGCUCCAUCUCGGGCCUGAUCGCCCUCUGCGGGAUCCUGGUACUGCUAGUAGGCAUAGCCAUGGCCGUGGUGGGCUACUGGCCCAAAGCCAGUGGGACCCAUCGGGAGGGCGCCAAGCAGCUGUCCCCAGAGGGGAGUGGUCAUCGGGCCCCGGCUACCGCCAGCAGCAGUGCCAGAGCCAGCAGCAGCAACAGCAGUAACAAGCACCCGUCGAGGGACCACUCGGGGACUCCCAGUCUAGCCAGCACAGAGUCCAACUCGAGCUCCAUCUUUGCCACUAAGAGCGCGCCCCCGACCCGGGCGGCCGCCCCUUCUUCCUCCACCUCCUCCUCCUCCUCUUCCUCUUCUUCCACUUCUGUAGGUUUCCUCUUCCAACUCUUCUCCGGUUACUUGCAUUCUGACAAGCUCAAAGUCUUCGGGCCCCUCAUCAUGGGCAUAGGCAUCUUCCUCUUCAUCUGCGCCAACGCCGUGCUCCACGAGAACAGGGACAAGAAGACCAAGAUCAUCAACUUGCGGGACCUCUAUUCCACCGUCAUCGACGUGCACAGCCUCCGAGCCAAAGACCUGGCCGCUGCCGCCGCGGCCGCGGCUGCGGCCGCCUCGUCCUCUUCGGCCGCCACCUCGGGCGCCCCAGCAGCAUCCCCCCUUAACGGUUUCAUCAGCUACGUGCAGUCCCGGGGCCUAGAGCUCAAGCCCGGCGGCAGCAGCCCGGGAGAUGCCUACGGCGCGGCUGCGAUGCUGGCCAAAGGCUCCUGGCACUCCCCGGCGCUGGGGGGAGGGGGCGACGGCGCCAGGGGCCCCGUGUCCCCGCCCGACUUGGCUUCGUCCCCCCGCUGCCAGCGGGAGCCCCCCAGCCUGGCCGAGGCGGUGUACAGCAUCUAUCGGGAACGCUCGGUGCUGGCGGGUCGCAGACGGGCCGCCGCCGCGGCCGCAGCCGCCGUGGCUGCAGCCGCCGCCGCCGCGGCAGCCAGCAGCAGCAGCCCCCCACCGUGCAGCCCCCCGGAGAGCUGGGGGCGGCAGAGCACGGCCAGCUCCAUUGUGGGCUCGUCCCUCAGCGCCUUCGCCCUGCUGCCCUUGCAAGGAGACGGGGACCGGGUCGGGGACGGGGAUGGGGACGGAGAGGGCGCCAGCUGCAGCUGGCAGCGCCCUCCCGGAGAGAGGGGCUCCCAGGAGAUCCCUCUGGGGGAGUUUGAGUUGAGUUUGACGGAUCUCAGCGGGGGGGCCGGCCUCUGUGGCCGCAGGCGCCGGGAGCCCCGCGAGUCGGAGGACGAGGAAGCGGCGGCGGUGGCGGCUGCAGCGGCUGCAGCGCUCACGGUCACCACCAGGGGGCAGGGCGGCCGUCUGCCCAGGACCGGCAAAUACUUGGCCUUGAGGCGCCAGAGCACAAGCGGUCUCCUGGACUGCAGGAGAGCCGCAUCCCCAGAGCCCUCACCCACCCCCAGCGUGACGGACGUGGACGUGGCCGUUUUGGCGGAAGCCUCUACCGCACCCCCGCUUCCCCUGGGGGCCUCUCCUCCCGUCUUGGCGCAGGCGACCAGGAGAGCCUCUCAGAGCUCCCAGUCGGAUCAAUCCAGCAGCAAUAAGGGUUACACCCCCCUGGAGGAGGCGGGCACCUCCUUGGAGUCCAUCAUUGACACACCAGCCAGUAACCCCCAGGACUGUGCAGAGGACCCGACCAGGGAGGAGAGCCCCCAGGGGGGCACCGGCAAAGGCCAGCAGGCGGUCGAGCAACCGCGGCCAGUUCAGAGGCAGUUUACAAAAAAAGAGAAACUCAUCAUGAUCUCCCGGUCUCAUGCCAUAGGGAUGGAGGAUGGAGAAUUGGAAAAUACAGGCCUUUAGAAAAAGAGGUCAACAGAGACGCGAAGAGAGACCAAAAGAAAGAGGGAGCCGCCCACUCCAAUCAUGGAAUCUCCAUUUCCCUUUUUCUCUGUGGAUCUAACCGAGGGAACCAGUCCAAAUCCAAAGAGCUGCAGGGCAGUUUUCCUUGAAUUGAGUUCACAGAAUUACUGUAGAUAGCUCCAAGCAAUUUAAAAAAAAAAAAAUGCAAACAACCCUCUAUGUCCGAUUGUGAUUGUAUGUUCCAUGAAAACCAAAACGUAUUAAAACAUCAGCAAUCUAGUAAUUAGUAAUAUUCCUAAUUUUCUUAGGAUCAAAUUAAUAUAUUUUUGACAAUAACUGUGCACUUUAUUCCAACUUUUGAUUUGAGUCCCUCAAUUGCAUAACCUGUUUACUCCACCACUGGUUCUGUCAAAAAUUACUUGAAAACGACAAGUUCUUUCCUCCUUUCCUGCAUAAGAGUAGCAAGGGGUUUUUCCUCAGUUCUCUAAAAACUGAUCUUGCUAAGUGUUUUCAGGGCCAAAAGCAUGAGCAAGCACUUCAAUAAAAUCGAUUAGAAACAA